CUAAUAUAUCGUCGCCAAUCGCUAUUACUUUCUCUUUUUCUCGCCAUGUUGGCAUGUUGCCUAUGUCAUUUGACGUUUGUUUUUCUAUCUACGGUCUAUAGAGAAAUAUAUGUAGUUGUUCUGCUGUAGCUACUGGCUGUAUGGAUAUAAUGGUGCUGACUCUGGUGGUAGAUAGACAGUCUGGGCAUUUUGUAUUACAUACAACCAAGUAACCGUAGUAAAUAACAAAUUUAAAGUGGAUCUCAAAUUCUUGGACAAUGGAAAAAAUUGUUCUUGUUGCCGAUGUAUAAAUCAAAAUCUACUCAACUUACUUAAGGUAUUUCGAGGUAAAUAAGAAUUUUCAAAUACUUGACUCAUAGUGGCCUUUACUGAGUUUACAAGAUGACUAAAAUAAAUAUAUAGUCUUAUAAGUUCCAUUAGAAAGAAUAGAUACCAUGAUGAUGGACUAUUUUGUGGCAAAUAGCGCCUUAACCCCGGCGCCUACGGGUAUUCAAAGUACAGCAGGUGCUGUACCCGUAAAAAAUGAUAAGGGUGAAGUAUCGAUGAAGAAAGUGAAGGUCCAUCGUUAUGUAUCCGGUAAAAGGCCAGAGUAUGCACCAACUGCCAGCUCUGACGAGGAGUCCGAAGAGGAUGAUUUUUUGGAAAGAAGAGGACGUGACUACGAUGAGUCGGAGCAAGCUCCGGAUGUCCCAGAAGUUGAAGACGAUAUCGAGGAAAGAGAAAAGGAUGAUCCUAGGCUGAGACGACUGACAAGGUUGGAAAGAGAAAGAGAAAAAGAAGACGACAAUAUUGAGGAAGUUCGAGAAAGACGAAGACGAGUCGAGGAACCUGAAGUAUUGAUUACAGACGUCGAGGAAACACCUAGAGAGCGCAUCAAGUUGGAUAGUUCAGAAUCAUCUGAUGAGGAAGAAUUGUCUGAAGAUGAAAUUGAGAGGAGGAGAGAAUCAGUUAGAAGGAAAGCCUUGCAGCGUAAAGAAGCAGAAGAAGAAUUGAUAAAAGAAGAUGACGAAGAGGAAAAGUCUGGUGAAAGUUCAGAAUCAAGUUCAGAGUAUGAGGAAUAUACAGAUUCAGAAGAGGAAACAGGACCACGAUUGAAACCCGUGUUCGUCAGAAAGAGCGACAGAGUAACGGUUUUGGAAAAAGCUAAAGAGGCCGAAAAGAAGAAACUCUUGGCAGCAGAGGCUGAAAAAUUGGCAGAGCACAGGAAAAAAGCGUCCAAAAAGUUGGUCGAAGAAUGCGUCAGGCAAGAGCAGCAAGUCAGAAGUAGUAUGUAUGAAAAUGAGGGACAUAUCAAUGACGUUGUUACAGAUGACGAAAACGACGAGUUAGUAUACGAGGCAUGGAAGCUGCGUGAACUGAAAAGAAACAAACGAGAUCGUGAAGAACGAGAAACGCGAGAGAAAGAACGCGCUGAGAUCGAACGAUUAAGAAAUAUGACUGAAGAAGAACGCCGUGCAGAGGCUCGAUUAAAUCCCAAAACAGUGACGAAUAAAGCGGCCAAAGGAAAAUACAAAUUCUUGCAAAAGUACUAUCAUCGCGGUGCGUUCUACCUGGACAAAGAUGAUCAUAUCUAUAAGCGAGAUUUUUCUGGGGCAACGUUGGAAGAUCACUUUGAUAAGACCGUAUUGCCUAAGGUAAUGCAAGUCAAAAACUUUGGGCGUAGCGGAAGAACGAAAUAUACCCAUUUAGUAGAUCAAGAUACAACGCAGUUCGAUUCACCAUGGAUCAGUGAAACUGCACAUAAUUUGAAAUUUUAUAAUAAUCAAGCAGCAGGAGUUAAACAAAUCUUUGAUAAACCCACACUCAAGAAGAAGAAAGCAGAUAAUUAACGUUUUAAAUAAUGUUUAUUUUUUCAGCUAAGUUGAUAUUCACAUUAAGCUAUUAUAGUAUAGGUAGUGAGUAAUUAUUGGAAAGUAAAUGGAAUUACGUGUGAGUUAGGUUAUUUGUAACUUUAUGUAAUCUUUUCAUGUGUAAAUACGUGUAAAGAACUUCUCCCAUUCAUACUUGCAUUCGAUUUUUCCACGGUUAUUUUCACUGAAUCAUUGUUAUUUUUUCAAUUUUCAAGAAAAUCUCAAAUAAAAUAUUUUUCCUGUAUAAUAGAUGUAAUCUUACAUUUAAUAAUUUGACAAUACUAAAGAAACUAUAUAUAUUGCAAGUGUAAGUAAUAGAUUCAAUCAAAAUAUUAAUUUUUACAUUUUUCAAUAAGUUAUUGGGUUAUUAAUGUGAGAUUUGCAUUAUCAGAAUGAAGCAAUAUUACUUAAAGUAAAAGAAAAAUCAAAAAAAAAUUAGCGAACAUACAGAUAGACUCUAAAAUUAUGUAAGAAAAGAACCAUCAAUUAUUGACUAUUAUUUAAGUCAUAUUAUCAUUUAUGAGCAAAUACUCUACAAGUGUGGAAAAAAAGUCAAUUAUUUAUUAAAACCAUUAUUUAAUAAAGUUACUAUCCAGAAGCGAACACGUAUGUUUGUCAAUUUUUUUCUUGAUUUUCUUUUUAGCUUAAGUAAUAUUGUUUGAUUCUAAUGAUGCGAAUCUUACAUCAAUAACCUAAUGAAAAAUAGAACAUGUCAAUAUUUUUUAAUCUAUUAAUUACAUUUACAACAUAUAUAGUAUACAAGCCAUCAUUUUAUUAAUUUUACUUCAUUCCUAACUUUCUUUUGACCAUAAUUGUACUUCUUUUUUUCUACUUUAAUUUCAUUAAAGGUCUGUGAUUUUUUGAAAUGGCAAUUUAUUAUUAAAUAUUAAAAGGUUUAAUUAUUCUUAGUAAAAUUCAAUGUAUGAUAAAAAAUGAAAUACUAAGUAAAAUAAUUUUCUAUGUAUUUAUUUACAUAAAUAUAUUUAUUCACUAAAUUGUAAAAUUAAUUUUUAAAAUGUUUUGCUAAAAAUUAAAUGGCACACAUGCUAUUGCACACCUGAUAUGGUAGCUUUAUGGAGAUAGCACUACUUUUUCAUAGCUCUUAUAUUAUAUUUUUUAUCAUGUAUAAAUUAAAUUUUUUAAAUGUGGCGACCUACUAGAUAAAUGAAAUUGCUAUACAUGACAAAAGUGUAAACUUACUUAUUUUAAAGGAAGAUUAAUAUUGUUAUUUGUUACUUUUUUUUAUUAACGAAUUAAUAAUAAUUACGUAAAAUUGAAUUAUAUAAAAACAGGUAUCAAUUCACAUUUACACUCACCUAUAUAUAUAUACUUUCAAUAGUUGGUACAAUUUCUACGAGCAGCAAUAAAAUAUGUCACAAGCAUUGGUUGUGAUAAAAUAAUGAAAAAGAGCACACUCGAUUAAUUAGCAGCAGAAAAGAAGCGGAAAGAGUUCAAAAAAUUAAAAGUAGUUUACGCAGCUAUCUACUCGCAAUCCGUGAACUGGUAAUUAAGUUACAACUGAAUAGAUAUAAAAAAAAUAGUUGAAAACAAAAUGGAUGUAAAAAAUGAAAGUGAAACUAUUGUUGAUUAGUUGGUUGUAAUUCGACGUCCGUGUCUUGGUGGGAAAGAACGGAAUGCUCCUAUCUAAUAACACAUAUCUCUCGUAGUAAACUUCUUAAUAUGAUUAAGGUAUAUUUUUGGUUUGACUUUUAUCAUCAUCUAAGUAAAAACAAAAAAAAGUUAAUGACAAAGUAUGCACAUUUCAAAUUUUAUUAUUUGUCAAUUUUAUUAGUAAUAAAAGUUAUCUAUAAUUAUCUGCAAAAAUUUAUUGUGACGUGUAUGGUAUUUUUUCCACUAAAAAUAGGAAAAGAAAAAUAAGCAUGUGCAAAUCGAUACAGCAAUAAAACCAUAAGUUAUUAUUAUGAACAAAUGCUCAAUCAAGAUUAUAAAAAAGCUGUAUAUCAUUACAUAUUAAUAUAUACGUAUCAUUCCUGCCCGAACUACGACAAUCCUACUAAAUCAAGAAGCAACGAUUGCAAUAGAAACUCUUCUUAGUAAUUUACUCUAACCAUACUUCUAAAUUUGCGUAAAAUUUACAGGCAAUGCAAACAUCCACAGUUGUGUGAGUCUCGUCAAAUUUUCAAGUGGCAAUAAGCUUCUAAUUACAUCUGUUUCGCUCCUGUACCAUUGAUUUUACAAAUACUGACAUACACUUCAUUGUUG